AUGCUAUUUGAUCGAGAGUCAGUUCGUUUUAUCACUAAAAUUGUUCAAGAAGUUAAAGAAAAAAGAGAUGUUGGUGAACAAAAAUUGAAAGAAAGAGAAGUUCAAAACUUAAAAGAAGAAUUAGAAGAACUAAAGAAGAAGAAUGAAGUUAUUGAACAAAUGCUUACAGAAAGUCAAAAUAAAGUAGAAGAUCUAAACAACCAACUUGAAUUAGAAAGAGCUUUAAAUGGAGAUAAUCAAGAAAUGAAAGAACAAAAAGAAGUUCUUUCUCAAGAAAAUGAAGCAUUAGCAAAAAAACUUACAUUAAAAGAAGAAUCUAUUAUUCAAAUACAACAACAAAUAGAUACUCAAAAGAAAGAAGAAACAGAAUUAAUAAAGAAAAAUGAAGAAUUACAAAAUCAACUCAAACAAAGUGAAGAGGAAAUUAAGAAAUUAAAAGAAAAUCAAACAAAAUUAGAAGAAUUAUUAAAAAUUCAAAAAGUAAAUGAAAAUGAAUGUGGCAAAGUUCAAACAGAAUUAAAUAUGGUCAAAGCUCAAUUAAUAAAAAUGCAAGAUGAAGCUAAAGAAAAGAAUUCAACAAUUGGUGAAUUAGAAAAUAAAUUAAUGCUUCAAGAAAACAAUAUCUUACAAUUAAAAGAAGAAAUUGUUUCAAAAGAAAAAGAAAAAAUGGAAAUGAAGUUAGAACUUGAUUCAAUUACUAAAACUAACCUAAUACAAUCUGAGUCUAUAAACAAUAACUGGAAAAAUGAAAAAGAAAGUUUAUUAAAAGAAAUUGAUUCUUUAAAAGAACAACUAGACUCAAAAAGUGAUGAACUUUUACUCAACCAAAUGCAAUUAGAUGAAUAUAUCAAAGUAAAUGAUGAAUUAAAUCAAACUGUGAAUAAUUUAAAUAAACAACUUAAUCAAUUUAAAGAAUCAUUUGAAUCAAUAAAUAAAGAAGUUGCUGAUUCUUUUAAUAACUCAACUGAAAUACCACAAGAACAACCACAACAAGAAGAUAAUAAAACUACUUCAAAAAUAAUACAAACACCACAAUCUACUGAAGAAAAUAAUGAAAAAAAUCAGUCUCAAACAAUAACUGAUCCAACUACUGCUGGAGUUCAAAUACCAACUGUCACAAUGAAUGAUUUAAUAUCAACCAUUCAUUCAAUCUUUAAUUGA